AUGCUCCCGCUGCUGCUGCUCCGGGCCGCCUCCGCCGCCUCCCGCCGCGCCGCCGCCCCCGCCUCCGCCUCCGCAUGGCUGCGGGGCGCCACGCAGCCCGCCUGCCGCCACCGGGCCGCUGUGGCCGCUGCCGCUGCGAGGCCCCAACAGGUUGCAUCUUUUCAAGGAGUGGCUGUUCGCAGCGUCAGCACAUCCUCCCCUCAUGAUCACCCAGAACAUGGAAGAUUAGUUUAUAAAGGAAAUUUGGCAAAGACAGUUUUGGGUGUGAAGUUUUUCUCUUACUCCACCAGCAUAUUCAACCUGUUCAUGAUGCCCUACAUCAUGCUCAAAAGUGGUAUUGGAGUGGAAAGUUUGCUUGUCCAAGCUGCCUUUUAUGGGUUGAUCGGGAUUUUUACAUUUGUAACUCCGGUUACUUUGCAUCUCCUUACAAAAGGUUACGUGAUCCGGCUCUAUUAUAAAGAUGAAGUGGACACCUAUACAGCCAUUACCUACAAUGCCAUCUUGGCAGAAAAAGCAACUGUGUUCCAUCAGAAAGAUGUAAAGAUUCCAGACAUCACCAAGAUGUUUACAACAUUUUAUGCUAAAACGAAAUCAAUGCUUGUUAAUCCUACGCUUUUCCCAAAUCCUCAGGAUUAUAACCAUCUCAUGGGCUAUGACAAGUCCUCAUUUUUUAAAUUUGAGGAUUUAGAGGGGGUAAAGGAAGCUGAUGAAAGGAAAUAAUUUGAAGAUAAUGUCAGUAUCAUCAUCCAUAAUGCAGUACUACGUAUAUGAAAGAAUGUAAAAAUCUAUUCCACUUACUUAAGUAUCACGUAGCUGGAGUUUUCCAUAUGCAUUUUGGAAUGUAUAAGAAGAGACACUUUUUAAAAAAUAUUACAAACAAUGUGAGGAUUUCUUUAGAGUUAAUGACAUAAAAUACAGUAAAAAAAGGAGAUGCUUAGCCCUGUCUUUUGCUUGUUUAUUCUUGGUUUGAUUGUUGUUGUUAGCUCUCCGGAGAACUGUAAAAUGCAUGAGCUUUGUGGCAGUCUCACCACCUCUGUGUCAAAAGACACUCAUUAUCUAUCGAGUAUGUACUUAAGAUGUUAAGCCUUAAAUAUUGUACUUAAUCUAAAAAUACCAGGUUUUUUGUUGCUGCUGGUGAUGGUAUAAAGGGAGUGAUCGUGGCUUUCCCUUCCCUUUGUGAAACCAUCGGUAGCCAGGAGGAGUCUCUGGAAAGCAGGCAGGUAUUCUUGUGAAUUCCUGCUGCAACUCCCUCCCAGAGGAGAGAAGAACAUGGGGAGAAUGGCUGUGUAUAUAUAGAACAGUAAGUUCUAGCUACUCAAAUGUACUCUCAGGUAAACUAAAGUUCCACUCCAAGCAACCCUGUCCCCAAAGGUGAAGAGCAAGAAGCCUCUCAUCUUGGGCACCGUGACAUAAGAUUUGCUCUGUGAGCAUCCUGCUGACAAGAGGUGCUGUAUUUGAAUUGACAAAGAAAAUUCUAGCAGCUAGUGGUUAAAAUGCAUUCUGUCAGCAUUUAUGUAAGGUGAGGAAGCAUUUGUCCCUCUAAAGAACACACCUCUUGAUUUCCAGCACUGCGAAGAAAACCACCUUUCACUCAAUUAAAAAGGGGAUCCGGUCUUUUUGUGGUUCUAGACUGGUUCUUCUCCCUUGAGUGUGUAGAGGUUGGAUUUACAUUUUUUUGGCUCAAGGCGCAUAAACUGACAAAUACUUGUUUUCAAAGAAUGAAAGACUUAAAUAUUUUGAGACAUAAAAAUUACUGAAUUGAAAAAAAACCCAAAAUUAUUAAAAUUAAUAAUUUUGUGUUAGCAGUGCCCUUUGUAAUAAGAAAAUCUGAUGCUUGCUACUAGUCCUCCUGAUCCUGCAAAUAAGCAAUUAUAGCUUACUUUCAAGGUGUUUCCUAAGUUGUAGCUGAAAAACUGUAUUUAAAAGUCUAAAUGUCUUCCAAUACUAUUAUUUCAAUUUCCUUUUGGAAUUUCCUUAAUGCCACACAUUAUAUUAAACCAGUGUUUUGAAUGUUGCUUUUCUGACUGCCCUCAAUGUAUUUGCUUAGUAAUUAAAAAACAAAUCAUCCCAUCCUAA